CGAUAAAUAAUUUGUCAAAAAAGGCAAUUAAUUAGCGAAAAGAAUUUCAAUUGCGGCAAUAAAAAUAUUUUUCCAGCAAUGUAAAACGCAAUUCGAUUCAACGCAAUGAUUUAUGUGAAAAAGUGAAUUAACAAAAGAAAAUGCUUUAAACAAAUGCGAGUGCGAGUUUUAUAGAACGUGCGACAACAAAGCGAAAAACAGGCGACGAACAAUAAAAAAAAGAGAAACAGAAGGAAAGGUCCAAAGAGCAGACGCAGAUAAAGAUACAGAUACAUCUAUAGCUGCAGAUACAGAUACAGCUAGAGCGGCAGAUACAGAUACGUCUAUAGCUGCAGUUACAGAUACAUUUAUAGCUGCAGAUAGAUUGAGAGAUCAGCUCGUGGCAAUGGGCAGCAAGGGCUUCUUUCCGCUGAUGCUGCUGCUGCUGCUCCUCCUCGCCGAUCUCGGCUAUACCGAGGAGCAUGCGCAUCGCCACGCCCACAAUGGCACCACCAGCGCGCCUCCGCCGGCUAAUUCCCGCCGCCAUCAACAGCAGCAGCGCCUGCAGCAGCUGCAGUGGGCGCAGGCGGACAACAGGCUGGACAACGGCGGGCAUCAUCAUCAUUUGCGGCACGAGCAGCAUCUGCGCGCCGAGCUGGCGGGCAAUGAGAACAGGCAGCCGCCGCCGUCGCCGCCAAAGACCAUGCAGCUGGAGCUGGAGCAGCUGGCCAUGUUGGGGCACGGGCCGGGCGAGCAGCAUCAUUUGCGGCAUCACAAUCGCCAUCAUGCCGCCUGGGAGCAGCGCGUCUUUCCGGAGCUGCACCAGCGCCAGCAUCGCCUGGGCCUGACCACAGCUGCGCCAGCGGCUGCUGCCUUGGUGACGGAUGCCCCACUGCCUCAGGCUCUGGGAGGCAAUGGCACUGUGUCCACGCGCUACUUUGAUCGCGAUGGCAUAUAUCCGGCCUGGACGCAGCCGCGCUCGACGCGUGCGCCCAAUUGGCAGCAGGAGAUUGAGGAUGACAGCGAGGAUGAGGAUGAGGACGACGACGAUGAUGAUGAUAAUGAUGAGGAGGAGGACUAUAAGGAUGAUGAGCCCGUGGCGGAUGACAGCUUUGCCGCCGAGCUGGCCAAGCAAAUGCCGCGCUACUCUUUCUUCAGCCAGAAGCUGCCCCAGAUUAGCUCCACGGAGCAGGACUACGAUGCCUACGAUCAGGACGAACCGGCGCUGGCCACAAACAGGCAUCCCAAUGUGGCCGCCAGCCACACCAAGGCUGCCGCCAAGCGCAACAUAUUCGACUGGCUCUUCAAGCCCAAGCUCAAGCCGAAGACCUUAACGGAAAAGCCGCAGGCGCAGAGCGCCGACCACGCCUCCGCGGAGGAGGCGGCCUUCUCCAACGAGCAGUGGAACAAGAUCGAGCACGAGCAUCAUCUGAAGCAGCAACAGCACCAGAAGGAGCUCCAAGCACUGCGCGACAGCAACAGAAACCGAAACAGAAACCGAAACGCGCCGCUGAUAAGAGCCCGAGGCGGCAUUGAUAAUGAGGAUGCGGACAACAGUUACUCGAGAAAUCACAUUGCCGGCACCCUGACGGCCCACAAGCAGAAGAAGCUGGGCACGCCCGAGGCUGUGCUCAACACACAGCGCCAGCUGGCCGAGGACAAGGCCAAGGCAAGAGCACACAUGGAGGAGGUCAGGGAUGAGAACAUUUGCCGCUUGCCCCAGCGAAGAUGCCUGCGCAUCGAGCGGGAGACAUCGAAGACCUACUCGCCGCACUGCACCAGCGUCUAUCGCUGUGCCGAGGACAGCGGCUGCUGUCCACAGCGCAACGAGAUCUGUGCCCCCAAACGCACCCACAAAUUCGAAAGGCAUUUCAAUGUCAUGAACCACAUUGACAAACGCAUCAGCGUCGAGAAGUUGACCCUUGUGAAUCACACCGAAUGCCACUGCGUGGAGCGCGGCGCGACUCUGGCGGAGGGGCACACAAUUGGCACUGGGCCGCAGACUGAGCUGCAGGCCAUGCCCCACUUCGAGUGCCCAGCCCUGUUCGAGAAGAUAUUGGGCAAGGAUGGCAAAUGGCGCUGCGACUGCUCCUCGAGCAACGAUCAUUGCAAUCUAUUCAAGAGCGGCAGCGAGCACUUCUCCCUCAACGAUCGCAAACGCAUUCGCCAGGGCCUCUACAAGACGCCCACCUGCCAGUACGGGCCGUAUAUCCAGAAGCACGGCGGCUGCCCCACGCAGCACGAGCAGCUGCCCAGCUACAAUGCGCUCGGCAAUUGAACCGAAACCGCAAACGGAACCGAAAACGGAACCGGAACCGGAACAAAAGUAUUAGCAUAAGAUCUGUUAUACCAGGCGUUAAGUGCAGGCGCGAACUUUUGAACUAAAAACAAUUUGUUGUCGAAAGCGAAACCAAAGCGAGUCUUAAGUUCGACUUCGAAGCGAAAAGCCUGGCGAAAAGUAAGUGAAUUUAGUUGCAUAUCCUAUAUACAGAACGAGAACAUAUAUAUCUAUAUAUAUAUACGCUGAUCGAUCACACUCAAUUUUUGCCCCCUUAUUCAAAGCAAAAUCAUCUUAAAUAGCUGUAAAAAUAUAUAAAAAAAACAGAAAAAAAAAGUCGAAUUAGCAUUGUUCAUUGCAGUUUACUCAAAAAUUAAAGGGAAUAUAACUUUGACAGAAGAUGAAAUACCCUUGCAUAUAAAAAUACUGCGAAGGCAGCUAAAAUUCGAUUUCGAUUUCGAUUUGUUAUCGAUACUUCGAUAAGUUAUCGACGCGAAUCAUCGCCCAUUCUGCAGAUAUAUGCACUCAUAUAUAUAUAUAUAUAUUCCUGAUCAAGCUCGAGAAUAGAAUAUCGAUUGCAAGGGUAUCGAUCAUAUCGAAUACAUUUAUGUAAUAAUAUUAAUCGAAAAAAUGAAACUCAAUAAUUCUGCAAUUCUACAACUAUUCCAAAAUCGAAAAUUGACUGCGUUUUAGUUUAAAUUUACUAAUGUUAUGUUAUUUAAUUAUAAAACUAAACGAAACGAAACGAAACGAAACACAGGAUUAACUUAAUAUUAUUAGCAAUUUUAAACAAACUACAUAUACAUAUUAUUAUCGAGAUCAUAAACAAUAUCAGCUAGAAGAGGAAGACACUCAAAACUGCUCACAAUACGGAGAGAAAUGUUAAGCAUUUGGUAUUAAAUAAAUACCAACUCGUUUAAAUUAUUCAGUAAUUUUCUAGUCAACGUAUUUUUUUUUGUCUCGCUCGAGGCAUACAUAUAUAUACCAUAUAAUCGGACAAAAUACAUAGAUCCCUCACUCUCUCUCUCUCUCACUCUCUCUCUCUCUCUCUCACACACACUUUAACAAUGAAUAUAUACGGAAUUUAUAAUUUACUCAAAAACCCACCAACAACAACAACAACAACAAGGACAAAGACAACAACUUUUGAUUAUGAUUUUUGCAUUUUCAAACUUGAGACAAAAACGAGUUCAAUUCGGUUUAAUUCUUCUUCUCGAAAUUGUGUUGUGAGAAAUUGUAACAUCUGGCAAUAAAUUGCAACAACUCUAGAUGUUUUUGCACAAAAAAAUAAAAAUAUAAUUAAUAUAAGUAUUUUGAGUUGUUUAUGCUUUCGGUUCAUUAGGGCUGCAAAUGCCAUCAUUUGAACUAUUUAAGUCGCAUUUGAAUUGUAUUCAGUUAAUCGCAAAUGAGUUCACAAUUUAAUGAGUCCAUUCACAAAUCAAUUCAUUUGCAAGCAUUCACAAUUUAUGGGCAAAACAAUGCGCCGUUCAUAUUUCGCGUUGCAACAUUUAUUUGCCAUAAUUCAUGAGCAAUUUAUUUAUAUUUAUUGUAGUCCACACACACACUCACACACACACACACACGCACACACACUCAGUAGCAAUUAAAUGCGCAAUUCAACACAUAAAUAUUUAAACAUUUAUGCAUUGCUUUUAAAUGUUAUCAUAGAAUUAUGUGUGCAAAACAAAAAGCAAACAUUUCAACACAUUUUAUUUCUAACUUUUAGCAUAAAUUUUAGUGUAUAAAAACAAACACAAACACAUUUAAGAACAUCAAGCAAACCAUACUUAUAAAUAAUUGAA